GCAAACAAACAAAACUCAACAAGGUGGCAACAACAACCUAAAAAUUUAAGAAAAAUCGUUUUAAUCUCUUAUUUUUUAAAAGAAGAGGUUUAUUUCUUACAAAAAUCAUUAUAUUCUUAAUUAAGUAACAUUAAAACAUUGAUGAAAUAGUUACAAUAACAAUCUAAACUUCUCGCGGUUAAUUUUAAGCAUCUAAAAAAACAUAACCUCAACAUUUAAACCAUGACUUCUAUUAUAAAAUUAACAGCCCUUUCUGGGGCUAAAGACGAGUCUCCGCCUUGUUACAUCCUACAAGUGGACGAAGUAAGAAUACUUUUAGAUUGCGGUUGGGACGAGAAAUUUGAUUUCGAAGUUAUAAAAGAAAUAAAAAGGCACAUUCACUUAAUUGACGCAGUUCUAAUUUCUUACCCAGAUGUUUCCCAUUUAGGGGCUUUACCUUAUCUAGUUGGAAAGUUAGGUUUAAAUUGUCCUAUUUAUGCCACAAUACCAGUUUAUAAAAUGGGACAAAUGUUUAUGUACGAUUUGUACCAAUCCCAUCAUAACAUGGAUGAUUUUGAAUUGUUUACUUUAGACGAUGUUGAUGCGGCUUUCGACAAAAUCGUACAAUUAAAAUAUAAUCAAAGCGUUUCGAUGAAAGGGAAAGGUUAUGGGUUGACAAUUACUCCUCUUCCUGCAGGACACAUGAUUGGAGGCACAAUUUGGAAAAUUAUGAAAGUUGGGGAAGAAGAUAUAAUUUAUGCAAAUGAUUUUAAUCAUAAAAAGGAAAGACAUUUAAACGGCUGUGAAAUGGAAAAAUUACUUCGACCUUCUUUAUUGAUAACAGAUGCUUUUAAUGCUAGUUAUCAACAAGCUAGAAGAAGAACUAGGGAUGAAAAAUUAAUGACAAAUAUUCUUCAAACUUUGCGUAAUAACGGAAAUGUUUUAAUAGCCGUCGAUACCGCAGGGAGAGUUUUAGAAUUAGCUCAUAUGCUAGAUCAACUUUGGAGAAAUAAAGAUUCUGGUUUAUUAGCGUAUUCUUUGGCUUUAUUAAAUAAUGUUAGCUAUAACGUUGUUGAAUUUGCAAAAUCCCAGAUUGAAUGGAUGAGUGAUAAACUAAUGAAAAGUUUCGAAGGAGCCAGGAACAAUCCGUUUCAAUUUAAACAUUUACAAUUAUGCCACAGUUUACAAGAAUUAGCAAAAGUUUCCAAUCCCAAAGUGGUCUUAGCAAGUUCAGCAGAUAUGGAAAGUGGAUUUAGUCGAGAAUUAUUCCUCCAAUGGUGUUCAAACGCAAACAACAGCAUCAUAAUCACAACUAGAACAUCUCCAGGAACCUUAGCACGAGAUUUAGUCGAUAAUGGCGGUGGGAGAACUAUUGAUUUAGAUGUAAAAAAAAGGAUUAAAUUAGAAGGGGCUGAAUUGGAGGAAUACGAAAAGAGGCAAAAAGAAAAGCAACAAAGCAUUACUUUUAAAGGGGAAGAUAUAGAUUCCGAUUCUGAUGAUGAUAUUGAAAUGAGUAUCAUUUCUAAAGGUCGUCAUGACAUUGUUAUUAAACAGGAAGGGAAAAUACAUGGCGGAUUUUUUAAAGCAACCAAAAAACAACAUCCUAUGUUUCCUUUUAAAGAAGAAAAAAUAAAAAGUGAUGAAUAUGGUGAAAUUAUUAAACCGGAAGAUUAUAAAUUAGCUGAUGCUGUAAUUGAGCCAGAAGAUAACAAAGAAAACAUUGUUGUUAAAAAAGAGGAGGAUCAUAUAUGUGAAACAACAGAAGCUCCAACAAAAUGUAUAGUUUUACAUCGAACUGUACAAGUAAAUGCCCAAGUACAAUACAUUGAUUUCGAAGGUCGUUCAGACGGUGAAUCUUUAUUGAAAAUUUUAUCACAAUUAAGACCGCGUCGAGUAAUCGUCAUAAGAGGUGACCCAGAAAGUACUGAAACCCUCGUAAAACAUUGCAAAGAAAACGUUGAAUCCCGCGUUUUUAGCCCGUCCAGGGGCGAAACUGUCGAUGCUACAAGUGAAACGCAUAUUUAUCAAGUGCGUCUUACUGAUGCAUUAGUAUCCCAAUUGGAAUUUCAAAAAGGUAAAGAUGCCGAAUUGGCUUGGAUUAAUGCUCAAAUUUUAAUCAGGGAGAGUCAGGUUGAUGCAAAACCAGCCGGUUUAGAUGAUGAAGAAGAGGCAAUGGAAGUUGAAGAAGAAAGCACUAAAAUUUUGACAUUAGAACCUUUAUUAAACAACAAUAUUCCACACGAUACAGUUUUCAUCAAUGAAUUAAAACUUUCUGAGUUCAAACAGGUUUUGGCUAAAUCAAACAUUACCUCUGAAUUUUCUGGAGGUGUUUUAUGGUGUUGUAAUGGGACAAUCGCUAUAAGAAGGAUUGAAUCUGGUCGUGUUUUAAUUGAAGGGUGUAUUUCUGAAGAAUAUUAUAAAGUUCGCGAAUUACUUUAUGAACAAUAUGCUAUUUUAUAAAAUAUGAUUGGAGAUUAAAUUAUUUUUAAUAAACAUUAAUUUUAAGUUUUGAAUGAA